AUGGCCGCUCCCGAGAUUCCUUCCCAGCAGUGGGCUCAGAUCUUCGAGAAGACCGCUGGUCCCAUCGAGUACAAGCAGAUUCCCGUUCAGAAGCCUGGCCCCGAUGAGGUCCUCGUCAACGUCAAGUUCUCCGGUGUUUGCCACACCGAUCUCCACGCCUGGCAAGGUGACUGGCCCCUCGACACCAAGCUGCCUCUUGUUGGUGGCCACGAGGGUGCCGGUGUUGUUGUCGCUCGCGGCGAGCUUGUCAAGGAUGUCAAGAUCGGCGAGAAGGUCGGCAUCAAGUGGCUCAACGGUUCUUGCCUGAGCUGCUCUUACUGCCAGAACGCCGACGAGUCUCUCUGUGCUGAGGCUCUCCUCUCCGGUUACACCGUCGACGGUUCUUUCCAACAAUAUGCCAUCGCCAAGGCCAUUCACGUUGCUCGCAUCCCUGAGGAGUGUGACCUUGAGGCCAUCUCCCCCAUUCUCUGCGCCGGUAUCACUGUCUACAAGGGUAUCAAGGAAUCCGGUGUCAAGGCCGGCCAGUCACUUGCCAUCGUCGGUGCUGGUGGUGGUCUCGGAUCCAUUGCUGUUCAGUAUGCUAAGGCUAUGGGUAUUCACGCCAUUGCCAUCGAUGGUGGUGAGGAGAAGGAGAAGCUUUGCUUGUCCCUCGGUGCUCAGUCCUUCAUCGACUUCACCAAGACCCAGAACAUUGUCGCUGAUGUCAAGGCCACCACCCCUGAUGGUCUCGGCCCCCACGCUGCUCUCCUCGUCGCUGCUGCCGAGAAGCCCUUCCAACAAGCUACCCAGUACAUCCGAUCCAAGGGUACUGUUGUCUGCAUCGGUCUCCCCGCCGGUGCUCAGUUCUCUGCUCCCGUCUUCGACACUGUCGUUCGAAUGAUCCAGAUCAAGGGAUCUUAUGUUGGUAACCGUGCCGAUACCGCCGAGGCCAUCGAUUUCUACCGCCGUGGCCUCAUCAAGGUUCCCUUCAAGACUGUUGGUCUCUCUGAGCUCAACGACGUCUUCAAGCUCAUGAAGGCUGGCCAAAUUGUCGGUCGCUAUGUCGUCGACACCAGCCGAUAA